UGAGGAGGAUCCGCUCCGUGUUUUGCUCUCACUCCGUCCCUCCCUCGCUCCCUCCUUCCCCGUCCCCCCUCCUCCUCCGCCGCUCUGCUCCUGAACUCCAGCCCCCUCUCUAUCAGCCUCUCACUCCGUCUCAAUAUGUCUCAAGAUGGCGGCCAAUGCGGGAUCGAUGUUUCAAUAUUGGAAGCGCUUUGAUUUACAGCAGCUGCAGAGAGAACUUGAUACAACAGCAACAGUAUUAGCAAACAGACAAGAUGAAAGUGAGCAGUCCAGGAAGAAACUCAUUGAUCAAAGCCGAGAGUUCAAGAAAAACACUCCCGAGGACUUGCGCAAACAGGUAGCUCCUUUAUUGAAGAGUUUCCAAGCAGAGAUCGAUGCAUUGAGUAAAAGAAGCAAAGAAGCAGAAGCUGCCUUCUUGAAUGUUUAUAAAAGAUUAAUUGAUGUUCCAGAUCCAGUUCCUGUAUUGGAUUUGGGACAGCAGCUCCAGUUGAAAGUUCAACGUAUGCACGACACUGAAACUGAGAACCAGAAGCUCCGUGAAACAUUAGAUGAAUAUAACAAAGAGUUCGCUGAAGUAAAAAAUCAAGAGGUUACAAUAAAAGCACUUAAAGAGAAAAUCCGGGAAUAUGAACAGACCCUGAAGAAUCAAGCAGAAAAUCUGGCUCUAGAGAGAGAACAAAAGUUACAAAAUGACUUUGCUGAAAAGGAGAGAAAAUUGCAAGAGACACACAUGUCUAUGUCUUCCAAGUUUGAGGAGUCUGAACACAAAGUUCAAGUUUUGCAAAAAGCAUUGGACAAGUCUCAGGCAGCAUUAUUUGACCUGAAAACAAAAUAUGACGAAGAGACGUCAGCAAAGGCAGAUGAGAUUGAGAUGAUCAUGACAGACCUGGAGCGAGCUAACCAGAGAGCAGAGGUGUCUCAAAGAGAGGUAGAGGCCUUAAAGGAGCAGCUCUCGUCACUUAACAAAUCUCUCCAGCAUGCUUCACAGGCUCCGAAGGCACCUAACUCGGAGCAGACGACGGAGGUCAUGACACACUCUAACAUGGAAGUUGAACUUACUGCAAAGGAGCGGGAAAUUGCCCAGUUAGUUGAGGAUGUGCAGAGGUUACAGGCCAGUCUUACUAAACUACGUGAGAACUCUGCCACUCAAAUAUCCCAGCUUGAACAGCAGCUCAACACCAAGAACAGCACUCUCAAGCAACUUGAAGAAAAACUAAAAGUGCAGGCUGACUAUGAAGAAAUUAAAAAAGAACUGAAUAUCCUGAAGUCCAUGGAGUUUCCCCCAUCUGAAGCAUCUUCUAUACAGGAUGCUUCUAAACCCUUAGAGGUUCUGCUGCUGGAAAAGAACCGCUCUUUGCAGUCAGAAAAUGCCACACUCCGCAUUACUAACAGCGACCUGAGCGGGUCAGCCAGGAGAAAAGGGAAAGACCAGCAUGAGAUUCAACGUCCUGCAACCUUGCCGGCCUCCCCUCCCUCUCAGUUGCUCCGCAACACAGGGGAGCAGGCUUCCAAUACUAAUGGUACACACCAGUUCUCUCCAACGGGUUUAAAUCAAGACUUUUUCAACUCAUCCAUUGCAAGCCCUUCUUUACCCCUGGCCUCCACAGGAAAAUUUGCACUAAAUUCACUUCUCCAGCGACAGCUAAUGCAGUCCUUCUACUCCAAGGCAAUGCAGGAAGCAGGAAGCACAAGCAUGCUCUUUUCAACAGGUCCCUUCAGCACAAACUCCAUAUCUUCCCAAAGUCCAUUACAACAGCCAAGCCCGGAUGUUAAUGGCAUGGCUCCUUCACCCAGCCAGUCAGAGAGCGCUGGAAGCGUCUCGGAAGGCGAGGAAAUAGACACUGCAGAAAUUGCACGUCAAGUGAAAGAGCAGUUGAUCAAGCACAAUAUUGGGCAAAGGAUUUUUGGACAUUAUGUACUGGGACUGUCACAGGGUUCUGUGAGUGAAAUACUGGCUAGGCCAAAGCCAUGGAAUAAAUUGACUGUCCGAGGAAAGGAGCCUUUCCAUAAAAUGAAGCAGUUCCUCUCUGACGAGCAGAACAUCCUGGCUCUGCGCAGCAUACAAGGCCGACAAAGAGAGAAUCCAGGCCAGAACCUGAACAGGCUAUUUCAGGAAAUACCGAAAAGAAGAAAUGGGUCUGAAGGAAAUAUCACAACUCGAAUCAGAUCCUCAGAGUCGGGUUCUGAUGAAGCCAUCAAGUCGAUUCUAGAGCAAGCCAAAAGAGAGCUGCAGGUGCAGAAGACUGCUGAGCCGGCUCAGCCCCCUUCCGCAUCAAAUAGUGGCAACUCUGAUGAUGCUAUUCGGUCAAUUUUGCAACAAGCACGACGUGAAAUGGAGGCCCAGCAGGCUGCCUUUGAACCUGCCUUAAAAUCGGCAUCCCUAAUGCAAGCUGAUAUUUCCAUCGUUUCCCCCAAACUUAUGUCAACAUCCUCAGUUUCUAGCUACUCUCCUUUAGCCAUGACCCUGAAGAAACACACAUCUGUAUUAGACUCUGGUAUUUCAACUUUGCAGAACCUUACUGGUGUAAAAAAGGAGUCCCAUGACACUCCAAUUUUAGAACUCCAUAGUGUAGUAGACUCAACACAAGCGAUGUUAAGGCAUGGGAAAAAUGACUUGGGUCGGGGAAGUGUAUGGAAAGACCAUUGGUGGAAUACUGUCCCACAUGACCGAAGAAAUACAGUUUCUUCAGAAGAUUCUAAACCUGAAGAAAUAAACUGUGGCAAAGAAAAAGUUAUCAGUCAAAACAGAACAGAACGAAACCAACUUCAGGGGCCCUCAUCUUCUUCAGAGUACUGGAAAGAAUGGCCAAAUGCCGAGUCUCCAUAUUCUCAGAGCUCUGAAAUUAGUAUGACUGGAGCGAGUCGCUGUGAAACUCCACAAAACAGCCCACUGCCUUCUUCUCCAGUUGUUUCUAUGUCUAAACCCACAAAACCAUCAGUCCCUCCACUUACUCCGGAACAGUACGAGGUUUACAUGUAUCAGGAAGUGGACACUAUAGAGCUAACUCGUCAAGUGAAAGAGAAACUAGCAAAAAAUGGAAUCUGCCAAAGGAUAUUCGGAGAAAAGGUGUUAGGCCUCUCACAGGGAAGUGUCAGUGACAUGUUGUCAAGACCUAAACCGUGGAGCAAACUGACCCAGAAAGGACGGGAACCAUUUAUCAGAAUGCAGUUGUGGUUAAACGGUGAACUUGGGCAGAGUGUCUUAUAUUCGCAAGGACAGCAGCAAGGGCAAGCACUGCCAUCUGCAACAAUUCAACAGGAUCCUUUAGCAGAAGGAUGUCCAAGUUCAGACAGCACUCCAAAGUCCUCGACCAGCUGCAGUCCUGCUCCAGAGUCCCCGAUGAGUUCAAGUGAAUCGGUUAAGAGUCUGACUGAGUUGGUCCAGCAACCUUGUCCUACGAUCGAGACCAGCAAAGAAGGCGAGGCACAAGAAUCUAGUGAUGCAACUGCAUGUGACUCCCAGCCAGCAACACCACUCCCAUUCCCUGGACAUUCAUCCUUGAGCAUCCAAGAACUCGUGGCAAUGUCACCUGAACUUGACACAUAUGGCAUCACCAAGAGAGUGAAGGAGGUUUUAACAGACAAUAAUUUAGGUCAACGUCUGUUUGGAGAAACCAUCCUUGGCCUUACUCAAGGCUCAGUCUCUGAUUUGCUAGCUCGGCCAAAGCCCUGGCAUAAAUUAAGCUUGAAAGGAAGAGAGCCAUUUGUACGGAUGCAGCUAUGGCUCAACGAUCCAAAUAACGUAGACAAGCUCAUGGAUAUGAAACGUAUGGAAAAGAAAGCAUACAUGAAACGAAGACACAGCUCUGUAAGUGACAGUCAGCCUUGUGAGCCUCCUCCAACGGGCAUAGACUACAGCCAAGGGUCAAGUCCUCAGCCUCAGCAUCACCUAAAGAAACCUAGAGUGGUGUUGGCUCCUGAGGAAAAAGAAGCUCUUAAACGGGCAUACCAGCAAAAGCCAUACCCUUCCCCGAAAACUAUUGAAGAACUUGCUACGCAGCUGAACCUGAAAACUAGCACGGUCAUUAACUGGUUCCACAAUUACAGGUCUCGUAUACGCAGAGAACUUUUCAUUGAAGAAAUUCAAGCAGGUACCCAUGGGCAAAUUGGGUCUAGUGACUCCCCGUCAGCCACGAGUAGCAGGGCAGCUCACAGCUCUGAAGGAGAUAGCUGUGAUGGUGUAGACAUGGAAAGCACAAUAGAUGGGAAACAUGGUGCCCUUGAUGCAGAUGAAUUACAUAGUGCAAGCAAAAAGACUCAGGGAGGACACACAGACUCACUUUUUGACGAGAGUGAAGAUGCUGGAUCUACUGAGAAAACAGAAUACACCCGCUCGAGACCAGGCAGCCCAGACGACACAGGGGAUGAAGGCAGGAGAAAGCUGCAAGGUCGGAGUUCCCUUCCUGGAUCUCAAUGUUCUGGAGAAGGUUUGGAAACAACAUCAAAAUCUUCUACUGAAAAGCAUGCCUCUACCUCAGCUGCCUCAAACUUGGUCCCCGCAAAGGAGAGCUCCCAUAAGGCUAAGGAAGAUUCUGAGAAAUUAUCCAGUGUGCCAAGUACAAGUUCACAAAAAGGAAACUCUAUUCAGAGCUUAUUCAGUUUUUCUGAGACCGCAAGUUCCAGAAAUACACGGGACAACACCUUGAGGAAAAAGAAAGCAGCAAACUUGAACAGCAUAAUUCACCGUUUAGAGAAGGCCGCAAGCCGAGAAGAGCCCAUCGAAUGGGAGUUUUGAGAUUAAAUUAACCCUGGCUCUACAGAGCUGGGGAAAUUAAACUGGACCUUUCACUGGUUAUAUCGUGUUGCGCACUUAUCGCCCUGCAGGCCACAGGGCAAAAACACCAUAGGCCAAGGUGCAAAACAAAAGGAGCAUUAAGCCCAAUUUUAUGUUGUGUUUUCAAAGACGAAAACUGAAAUAUGUAGUCAAGCUUUUUUGUACCCUGAAGUGUUUUUACUAUUGCCCUAAGUGGUUUUCACACUUUCUGGAAUAACUAUUACAGCUUUGCCUUGUGCCCUCCUUUUCAGCGUGGG